AUGACCAACGCCAAAGAGCCCUCCUUGGCUACGAUUGCCCAAAAGAUACUCGAGGAUGCCCUGCAACAAAUCGUCCACAACAUCGUUGCCCAUCGACAUCGCGAGCACAAGAUGCUGGUGGCCUCACUCGAUACCAAGACGCGCCUGCCGCACUGCGAUGCGUGCAACCUCCCGCGACUGCUCGAUCCGCCUCUUGCGUCUCGCGUGAGAGGUACUGCUGCCGACCCCCCCAGUAACACCAACUACUGUGAUCGCAAGCCAUGGGCGAAACGGCCUGGGCAUGACAUCUAUGGCAAUCCCUUUCUCAAAAGCGAUGUCACCGGGAGACCGCUGACGAAGAAGGAACGAGAAGCACAGAAGAACAACAAAAAGGACGACGGCACGCCGGCAAGCGAGGAUCAGACCCACGAAGGCACAGGGCCGCCUUCGCCCAACGGCGAGGCGGAAGAUGACAAGAAGGCGGGUAACAAUCAGAAACUGGAAAAGGGUGAGAAAAAGGCGAGCAAGAUUGACGAAAAGCUCAAAAAGGGCGAAUAUGUGCCGUGGCACACGUGUCCAAGCUGCAAACGGAGCUUGCUCAUCACGAGGUUUGCGAAGCAUCUGGAACAGUGCAUGGGCCUGAGUGGGCGUGCGGCGAGCAGGAACGCCAUGGCAAAGAUGAAUGGCACACCCAGCGGCUCUCGUGGAGGCACGCCCAAUCCUGGCCAGGAAGGGAAUGGCAAGGAGGGUGCAGGCGACGGCGAAGAUGGAGACUCCGCAGUCAAGGGUGCUGGAGGCGUGCGCAAAAAGCUCCUGAAGAAAGGACUGAAGGAGAAAGCGAAGGCUAACAAGACUGCCAACGGGAAAUUGCCGAAGAGUCUAGCUGCGCAGCGGCCGCCCGCAGGAGGAAAGGACAAGGACAAGGACAAAGACAAAGACGCCAGCACGACGAGGAGCUCGCCAGCGCCCAGUUCGAUAGGCGAUGCGAAGCGCGAUCGAGAGGAGUUGGGCGAGGACGACGAAUCCGAAGUGCUGCAUGUCAAAAAGCGGCAGAAGCUCCAACGGAUGGGCAGCACGACGAGCAUUGUGAGCGCCGUCACAGCUCCUGACAUGGAGCGCGGUGAAAGCCAGGACGGUAGUUUCGUUGAUGGGAGCGUGGUCGAUGAGUAGCCGCCUGAAUAUAGCGUCAUGGGCACAUACAGAGGCGCCGUCGGUGUACCUGGUACACAUACUGCGAUCCGCCUGGUGCGUCUUUCACAGCUCACUUGUGGUAUACCUAAUAAUAAGAUGCGGGGAUGGGAGUACGACUGCUACAUGAACAGCACAGUGCACUCACGUUGCAUGGGAAUCAGCGUAUACGCAGGCGCACGAGCGACGUCAGGAAACACGGUGCUAAGGCCUAUGCAUGCG